GUGUGCCAGCAAGCAGGUCGUACGUGAUAAAAUUUUGCGGAAAAACUUGAAAUAAAGCCCAAAAAAGAUGUCUAAACUGAGUGAAAACUGUUGAAAAAGUGAGACUAGGUGCCGGUGCAUUGAAUGUAGGUGAAGGCAGCAAAGGAAAAGUGAAAUUCAAGUCGAAAAAUAGUUUUUUCAGUUCAGUCUGACAGCCACGCUUGGAAAAAGAAAAAUAAAAUAGAUUUUCAUCGAUUGAGGGUGCUGGCGUUCGUCGAUUGUUUUGAUCCCGCCUCCCCGCCAACCCCACCACCCCCGUUAAUUCGUCGAUUGUUUACAUAGCGCGAGCCGCGUACAGCUUAUUCAGCAUGUCAAAUGUGGUGCUGCAAUUUGUUAGCGGCUUAAAGAGCCGCGACAAAGAUGUUCAAAAUAAGACCGCCCAAGAGCUGUCGUUGUACGUGAAAACGGAACUGCGUGAAAUGCAGCCAGAGGAUCUUUUGACCUUUUUCGAGGAAUUUAAUCACCAUAUUUUUGAAAUGUUGUCAAGUGCGGAUACGAAUGAUAAAAAAGGAGGUGUCCUCGCUAUACGUUGCCUUAUCAGUGGUGAUGUGGUCAAUACUACAACCCGUAUCUCACGGUACUCCAACAACCUUCGAAAUUUGCUUCCGUCAAGUGACGUAUGUGUUAUGGAAUUGGCCGCUAAAGUACUGGUUAAACUGGCCCUCUUACCCGGGUCUAAAGGUGCCGAAUCAUUUGAAUUCGAUAUUAAACGAGCAUUUGAAUGGUUGACGGAAGAACGCACUGAGGGCAAACGCCAUGCUGCCGUGUUGGUGCUCAGGGAAUUGGCCGUAGUUAUGCCAACGUUUUUCUAUCAACAAGUGGGAAGUUUCUUCGAGCACAUUUUCGUUGCCAUCAAAGAUCCUAAACCAAUGAUUCGAGAAGGAGCUGGACAAGCAUUACGAGCAGCGUUGAUUGUUACUUCUCAAAGAGAGGGGACUAAGCAAAACAAUAACCCUCAGUGGUACAAUCAUUGCUACGAUAAUGCCAUCGAAUGUUUCCAGGAACUUCCAACGAGAGAAAAAGGUUUCAACCGAGAUGAUCGAAUUCAUGGAGCACUGAUUGUGUUCAACGAAAUUUUACGUAGUUCCAAUUCAGCUUGGGAAAAGAAAUACAUUCAGUUAGAGAGUUUGAACGUCGAGCGAAGAGUGCGCCACACGGAGGAUGGCCAUGGAAUAUUUCCAAGGAUCCGGGUGCCCUUCAUGGAAAAGCUUAGCGGUGGUGGGCA